UUUCCCUCCCCUCACUCUCAUCAUCUCAUUCGACAAUGAUGUUUCCGCAUCCUAAGGCACUAUUUCCCCCUCCCCCUCAUUUUGGCCGCUGCUUUUAACUUGUCUACUCCACCUCUCCCAAAGGAAGAUGGAGGUAAAAGCGGCGAGGGAGCACGCGGACUCGCGCCUAUGGGGUAUGUGACAACUUUAAAAAGUUCUGGUUCUUUCAUGCUCAUUUCUUUCUAUACACCUUCGAGUUCUCAGCACUUCUUUUUUCUAAAAUCUAAGAUUUGUUAGUGAUUUUCAUACCUAUCAUGUUUGUCAGCCAAUGAUUAUCGCUCGUUAAUAUAUUUCACUGCACAUAAUUUCAACCUAUUAUAGGCUUUUCCAAUACUUUCAUCUUGUUAUCAGUCAGCCUUAUCUUUAUUACUUUAUCCCCAACAGCGUGAAGAAGGGGAAAGAAAGUCCCACACUUGAAAAACCAAUAUGAGUGACACGCCACUGGCAUCGUUGUCUUUGACACAUGUCCAUUAUAAUCCCAACGAUCCGCUCUCCUUUUUAUCCGCCUGGCUUGCCCUAGUUCCCCAAGCGCUAUGCGUGACAUAUGUCACCCUAAUUUGGGCGACAAGAGAAGCGGAGGUGUUAUUGAUGUUUGCCGGUCAGAUGGGUUGUGAAACACUGAACUUUGUAUUGAAGCGAAUAAUCCAAGAGGAGAGGCCGAAACAAAUGCUUGGGAAAGGCUACGGCAUGCCAUCAUCCCACGCACAAUUCGUCGCUUACUUUGCUGUGUACCUGGGGCUCUUCCUUAUCUUUCGACAUAACCCUUGGUAUCCCGAGUCGUCAUUUCAUUUGCUUAUACGGAUAGCACUUGCCGUGGGCUUGUGUGCUGGCGCCAGUGCCGUAGCCAUCAGUCGUAUUUAUUUGAACUAUCAUACACCAAAACAGGUGCUAGCGGGAUGUGGUGCUGGUAUUGGAUGUGCCUUUGCUUGGUUCCUUGUUACAGCAUCCCUCCGGGCACACGGCUGGAUUGAUUGGGCAUUGGAUAUGGCCAUAUCAAACCAGUUAAGAAUACGAGACUUGGUGGUAAGUGAAGAUCUUGCUGAGGCCGGGUGGCAGCAAUGGGUAGCAAAGCGGAAGUUGAAGCGUCGAGGACAAACUAGUAAUGAUCGCCAGUCUCCAAAAACUGAUUGAAUGAACGAUAUAGGCCCUGCAGCUACGUACACUUCAUUCCUUAGAGUUGAAAGAAAGGCUUACAAUUUGAUACCCUUGGGAUUACUCUUUUCAGCAUUUUAGCUUUUUAGUUAUCAAUAUCCGCCCUAUGUAUGUGACUGGCGAUCUAAUUUUUCUUUGGAACGCUUUUGAUGCUCAGCUAUAAUAAUAAUAGGAUACUCUGAAAGUUGAAUACUCUGUUUUGGGGGAUUGAAAGGUAUCCAUGUGUGUGUGUAUGGGGAUAACCUGGGCUAACAUAAUGGAAUCUUUU